AUGAUUGAUGCGGCGACUCAACCCGAUGCUUCGCGUUCCUUGGUUGGGAACGAAAACACUCCCCACGGUGGAUUCGACGGUGGGUCCGAUAGAGAGGACGUUGGGACUUCAACUGCGGACCACACCACAGCCCUUACUGAGACGACUCGAACAGAGGCUACUUGUGGAUCUUAUACUUAUGAUCUCCUUCGACGUAACUUCGAGACGCUGUCGGAUGGCGAGGAGGAAGAGCGUUUGCAGCCAUCAGAAGCUCCCCAAUCAACACCACAGCCUGUGCCUCGCCCGAUCCUCAUUCCUUCCCAGUCAACGCCACAUCCCUUCCCACAUCCAAAUGGCAAAGUACGGCCGAGUAUCCCUCUUGUCCCUCCUAAGUCUGUGUUGAAGCAGACGGCAACUCCGACGCUCACAUCCAAGGGCUCACUUGUCAAACAGGCCAGUGUCGGUCCAUCAACCCCUUUGCCGAACAGUGCACAGCGCAGUCAUCGACGCUCUGUGAGCUUUUCUGAUGGUCGAACAGAUGGUAAGAUUGUGGGCCUGGUGUCUGAAACCGACUCUUCCGAGGGCGAGGGGAGCAUCUCGAUGGCUGAACGUCAGAGCGGAAAAAACGCAUCUUUCGCGCAUUCUCUGCGAACCAAGCGUAUUGACAACAUGCUCGCUCAACUGGAACAAGAAAAUUGGCAGACGCCCUCGAAGUCCAAUCCUUCGAGUCAUUUGCCAGACAUUUCGAAUAUUAUCCCUCUUUCGGCUCGUUCAUCCGCUUUCACCAAGUCCACACAAGAGGAAUCCGUUGCUGUCAAAGCAAGUGGCCACAACGACAAGACCCCGAAGGCCCAGCCUCGCAAAAUUGUCGCACCCCGAUCGAAACGCACACUUUCUCUACAAGCCCAGGCGAACCAGACGAUUCUCACUGAAUGUUCAUUUGCAGUCUCUCAAGACCGGCUGAUACAGGCAAUCACGCAAGUGCAUCCAUAUGAACCGCACUGGGAACAUUUGCCCCAGAUUGAUCUGUCUAAUCUAAAGAUUGAAAGUAUUACGAAAAUGAAGGAUUUCUUGCCUUCCCUAGUGUCUUUGGAUCUACACAACAAUCAAAUCUCAUAUUUGACGGGAAUCCCAAGCAAUGUCCGCCAGCUUCGAGUGUCAGACAAUUUGUUGACGAGCGUCACAGUCUACAGUCAUCUUCGGAACUUGGAGUCAUUAGACAUAAGCAAUAAUUCCAUUGAUUCCCUUUCGCAACUAGAAUUUCUCCCGCUUCUUCGAGAUCUUCACGCAGAUGGCAAUUCGAUUAGUACAAUCGAUGGUUUGCAGCAUGCUAGUGCCCUGACCAAACUAAGUCUUCAACGGAACAAGCUAACGCAGCUCAACCUCCGAACUUGCGAUUGGUCCCGUUUGGAACAUUUAGACUUGAGCUAUAACCGUUUAACUGCUGUGUCAGGAGUGACUACUCUAACGGGUCUCGUGUCCCUGAAUCUAGACCAUAAUCUUCUCGAUUCGUUGUCGUGCUCGUCCAUUGUCGCACGGCUGCGUAUACUGCGAUUGAGCUAUAACCGGGUUUCUGAAAUCAAUGCAGCGCCUUUUGUCAACCUACGGACCCUGUAUAUGGAUGGGAACCGACUAAAACGUCUGAUCCAUAUGGAUCGCCUGAGUAAACUAGAGAAUUUGAGCUUACGAAACCAGAUGGGAGGGAAGUUGCACCUACUGCCAGCUGAUGUUCGAGAUGUCAAACGUCUAUACCUAUCUGGGAACCCUCUGGAAGAUCUGACUUUCCUGUCUGUUCCAUGUUACAACCUGUUGUAUUUGGAAUUGGCUGGUUGCCGGAUUUCCGUCCUCCCUGACGCAUUGGCGGCAUCGAUUCCGAACAUUCGUGUCUUGAACCUGAACUACAAUUUCGUUUCAGACGUCCGCCCUAUCCAGGAUCUAACCAGACUCAAGCGAUUGACCCUCGUUGGCUCACGACUGAAAGGAACGAAGCGUAUAUUGAUGGGAUUGCGAAAGAUGCCAGACUUGGAGAUGGUCGAUCUUCGCAUGAAUCCUGUGACACUUGGAUGGUAUCUUCCUCUUCUUGUACGUGACGCCCCUGCUGUUCUGCAGCCCUCGGAAGCGGCUUCAGCAUUUCCACCCCUCCUUGGUCUUGGUGAGGGUGGCCAAAGCGAUGCAUCAGAUCACAGUGCCGUUCGUUUAUAUCCCUACUCCACCAACUCGCGUCGCGCCAGAAAUAUCCCCUCGGAAGAUAACUCUCGGGCCAGGAAACGAGCAGUGGAACCAUCAUGGGAAGACUUGGAUGCUAAGUUCCGCCGUGACUUACCGAAUGACUCCUAUCUAGGGAGGCUUGCGUACCGGGGCAUGGUAAUGAGGGCUUGCCCCAAGGUCCAGGUCAUUGAUGGAGUCAGAGUAACCGAGCCUGAGCGAAAAAAGGCAGAGACUCUGCUUCAGAAUGUCCUGGAUUCACGCGGUUGA